UUAGACAAAAUUCUGAUCGCCAACCGAGGAGAGAUCGCAUGCAGGGUAAUGAGAACAGCCAAAAGGCUUGGCAUACGCAGUGUGGCUGUUUACAGUGAAGCUGAUCGAAAUUCAAUGCAUGUUGCUAUGGUAAGCUUUCACAUUUCUUUAGCUACACUACAUAUAAGAGUGGGCUAUGGAUACAAUUUAAUAUCUUUUAUAAUGGAAUUAGGCCUUAUAUGAUUUUUGUAAAAUAAAAUGAGAUUUUAAUUUACCACGCUUUUUUUUUUCCUCACUAAAAUGACAAUUUAAGACCUAAAGUGAAAUUUAAAAGCUUUAACUUUCCCUUUGACUCGCUGUUGAAAUAUAAAAUUCUUAAAGACUGAUUGUCUCCAUAUAUCUGUUAGGCAGAUGAAGCAUUUCACAUAGGACCAGCUGCGGCCUCAGAAAGCUACCUUCGACAAGACAAAAUCCUUAAUGUUGCCAGGUUAUCAGGGGCACAGGUCAUUACUGAAUUUGUAUAAACUCUUAAGAUGUUGCUACAAAAACUGUAAUGGUGAUAUUAAUUUCAAUUUCUUUAAUCUUAUGCUUUUGGGGCUACAAUUAAUGUUUAAGUGCUUCAAUAUAGAUGUGUGAAUAAUCAUUUCGUGAUUCAACUAUUUAUAAUUUAAAUAAAACAUCAUAUACACUCUGUUAUAGAAUAAUGUAUUUGACUUUCCCCAGGCUAUUCACUCGGGUUAUUUGAAUUUCCCCUGGCUAUUCACCCAGGUUAUUUGACUUUCCCCAGGCUAUUCACCCAGGUUAUGGUUUCUUGUCUGAAAAUGUAGAGUUUGCUCAGACCUGUGAAAGAGAGAAUAUUGUUUUCAUUGGCCCACCUGCCUCAGCUAUUCGUGACAUGGGAAUCAAAAGGUUAGAGAAUUAAUAAAAAGAAUGAAACAAAAUACACUCUUAUAGGGUUAAUUAAUUUAAAAGUGUAUUUUGGCUGCAGAUUAGAUUCACUCUUAAGGAUGAUUUAUAAAAUUUACUAAACUCACUCUUGAAUCAAAUUUUUUAAACGAAAAACCAACAUUCCUUUGGUAUCUUCUUCUAUAUCUAAAGGGCCCACGAUCAAUUUAUUGAUCAUUUUGGCUCCUAUGCAUGUAGAUGGGAUUUGCAAUGUUUCUGUUACUGGUGUUGAUGAGGAAAUCAUGCCUGUCAUGGCCUCGUCGCUGUCUAUGGGGGAGAGGGACGAGUUUCUGUUUAAUACUGGAACAGUGGACCAGCCCAUUAAUUAUCUUGUACAUCAUGGUAUAUAUAUAUAUACAAAAAAGAUAUUUUCUUUGUUACAAAAAAAGUAUUAUUUAUUCAGAUCUUUAAAUUUUUAAUGACUUAAUGGUUCUUAAGCUAAAUAAAUUGACACCCAUUGUUCUUUAACAUUUGCGAAAUCAUUAUUUAAUGAUUCUGCUCAUCUUAAACUAAAAGUACUUUGAUGAGAGAAAUCAGCAUGUUUUGUUUCUUAAGUGUAAUAAAUGCAAAGUACUCUUCACAGGAUCACUACUGAUAUUAAUAAAAUAGCAUACAAAACAUUCUUUAAUCUAGUGGUGAUUUUAUUUUUUAGCUAGAUAUCUUAUAAUUGAAAUACAUGUUAUUUUAUUAGUACUUCUAAGCACAUCAUGUCUGCUGCUGGAGUACCUAUAAUCCAAGGUUACCAUGGAGAGGAUCAGUCAACAGACAAACUGAAACAGGAAGCCUUCAAGAUUGGCUAUCCAGUCAUGAUUAAGGCAGUGAGAGGAGGAGGUGGAAAGGUAAGGCCGAAAAAAUAUUUCCUCCGUAUUGGUCAUCGGAUAUGGGGAAAUGAAAGCUUUAAGUACAUUGGAUAAAAGUUUGGAAAUAUUUAUUUGAAAGUGAAUUCCUCUGCAAUGUUGUAACAUAUCAUCAACACAAGCUCACUUAUGAUCAUGUUCAUCUGAUUUUUUCCAGGGUAUGAGAAUAGCCUUGAAUGAAUCCGAGUUUGAGAGUCAGCUCGAGUCUGCUAAAACUGAAGCCAUAAAAUCUUUUGGUGAUCAAGUUAUGCUCUUAGAAAAGUUUGUGGAAAAUCCACGGCAAGUUGCCUUUUUUUUUUAAAUUUAAUUUUUAUAUUCAAUAAAUUGAGACAACAUUAAAGGUCAGGCAUAAUCCUUCAAACAGUUUUGAUUUAAAUAUCAAACAUUCAUCUGAUAAAUGGUUAUUUGAAGAUUAUACUAGUUUUUCUCUAUUAAUUUUCUAAAUGCCAUGCUUUAUUUCUUCUUCAGUAAAUGCUGUUCGGCCAAUUUAAUUAAUUAAUAAUUAAUACACAGAUUUACAGUGACGAGAAUUUUCUUCUUAUUUUUGUCAUUAUUUUGAUGAUUUGUAGUCAUGUGGAAGUACAAGUGUUUGGUGAUCGUCAUGGCAACUAUGUGUAUCUGUUUGAGAGAGACUGCAGUGUUCAGAGAAGACAUCAAAAAAUAAUUGAAGAAGCACCAGCAGUAAGUCUCUUGUACAUUUUUCAAGAUCAUAUUGCUUUUUCUUAGAAAAAUUGUUUGAUUAUGUAACAUCACUGUCUCACAGGUGGUUGAGAUUUCAUUUGUAUGGGAUUGGCUUGAUCUUUAUUAAUUUCAUGUGAAACUGUGGAUCAUUUCCAACUUUUAUUCAAAGCUUUGACACAGUCCAUCUCACUUUGUUGUCUUGAUGAAAUAUAAAGAAAAAUUUGACAUAUGGUUAUGGGAAUAACUAAUGGUAAACAUGUCAAGUGUAAUCCUAUAAGACCGAAGAGUUUAUGAAAUGCUCAUGCAUAAUUUUUAUGCCGGUAUACAACCUCUCAGCAAAUAUUGAAAAACAUUAUCAUGUAGUAGUCCAAACACACUGAUGAGAAAUUAUUCAUAGUGUGUUAUUCAAUUGAUAGGCUAUUCCCUCUUCUAUAUUGAAAUAAGUUACAAAGAUUAAGAGGUGACAAUUGUUUCACACUUUUAUUGAGAAAUGGCAAAUAUUUCACCUUUAUAUUCAUACAAAAAAAACACCUUCAAUGCCCUCAUUGAUUGAAUAAUUCUGUAUUCCUCUUGUUUCAGCCAGGGCUGACAGAGGAAGUAAGGAGGAGCAUUGGUGACGCUGCUGUCAGGGCAGCUAAAGCAGUCAAUUAUGUUGGUGCAGGUACAACCCACUUGCACUAGUGGUCAAUGAGGGUCUUGAAAGUGACUAAAUUUAGUCAACCUAAACAAAUCAUAGCUAAAUUUAAAAAAAAAUUACUUUAACUAUUUACUAGACUAUUGACAAUCUGUGGUGGCCAAGAUACUGUCUAAUUAUGAUUCUUAGCAAAGACUUCAAACAUAUACCUGAUCUAAACAUUAUAAACCUGAUCUAAACGCUAUAAAGCUGAUCAAAACAUUAAAUACCUGAUAUUUUUCCUGACAACAAUAUAAUUUAUUAGCUUGUUUUUCUUCUCACACAUGUAUUUGCCAUGGACCUAAAAUUGUUUGAAUUACUUCACUAUUGCAGGCACAGUGGAGUUUAUUAUGGACAAAAACUUGAAGUUUUACUUUAUGGAAAUGAAUACAAGACUUCAAGUGGAGCACCCGAUCACUGAGAUGAUUACAGGCACAGAUCUUGUGGAGUGGCAGCUCAGGGUCAGUUUCAAGUUAAUAAAAUUGUCCCAUGUUUAGACUGCAAAGGACACUGAUAUAAGAUCAAUUCAACUUUUUAAAAAAUAUUUUUUUACAUAUCAUUUCUUUUCUCGCGGUCAGCCUUUGAUGUGAUUUCCUGCCCUGACUUGUGAUAAAUGAUAAUUAGAAACAAACACUCAGUUGAAACAACUAACUCCUCUGACGGAUAAGCAUCAAUAAAUUAUUGCACUUUCUCCAAAACUCAGUUCUUUGAGAAGACGAAGUAAGGAAAGUUGAAUCAAAUCAAUGAUCAUUAAAGUGAUUUUGUAAUGAAAUUUUUUUAUUUUGUUGCUGUGUCACGGCUAGAGAUGUCCAGCUGUCAUUGCACUCAACAUCUUUUAAAAACAUUGAAAUUUUUUGUUCAAAUAGCUCAAUAAGCUGUCAUACUAUUAUUAUAAAUUUUGUACUGUAAACUGGUAAUGGGUAUACUGGUACUCAUUUAAUCUAAAUUUGACAAUGUUCUGUAAUAAAUUAGCUUGAAACAAUAAGUGGUGCUUGAAAGAAUAUUUAUAGGCUCCUUUUUUUUGGUAUAUAAGGUAUCUUUAUAUAAACAGCAUUAGUGGCCUAUCAUGUGAAUCAAUGUGGAAAGCGCAGAGAUUUAUCAGUCAUGCCAUUCACUAUACUGCGGUGUGUUCAUUCAUCCUUGAAUUAAAAUAAUAAAAUUGUACACAUAGGUUGCAGCAGGUGAGACAAUUCCAAUGAAGCAAGAACAGCUUAAGAUUCGGGGUCAUGCUUUUGAAGCUCGCAUCUAUGCAGAGGAUCCUGACAGUGGAUUUUUGCCAGGCGCCGGUCCAUUGCUCCAUCUGAGUACCCCAGUUCCAGGUCAAGACUUACGCAUUGAAACGGGUGUAAGACAAGGU